AUUGAUAAGAACACUCGAGCGGGGCAGGAGAUAAGCGUCAGGCUCCCGCGCCUUGUCGCACCGCACUGACGAGAGCAGUCGAGUGCCCAGCGGCCCCACAGCCAGGCCAGACCCAGGCCAACACACCUCCUAAUCUGCUUCCAAAGUCCCCGGUGUUUCCGUCCUCCCGACACAGUGUGCCAGUGACCGAGCGGGCCUUUUCCCAUCCGCAGCGGACAGUAAGGGAGCGACCUCCACGUGGCGUGACAAUCCAGUGUUUGGCGAAGAGUGGUAACAAAGUGAGGAAAGGUGACGCGCUACAAGUAGAGUGCUCCGGGAAGGAAUAAUUGUAAUUCCAUAGAUUGCCGAUCCAGUUCGCUAUAUUGUGUGAUAGUUUCUACGACUGCCAAGAGAAAAAUAAGAAAUCCAAAAUGAUGAUGCCUUUCCUCCAAAUCGUCGUGGUGGUGGUCGCGAUGACGUCACGCCUAACCCAGGCCACAGACACUCUACCCAAAAUCUGCUCCUUAUGCGCCUGUGUCCCCACAUCUACCGAGGUCGACUGCCGAAAUCGGGAUUUACGUGUAAUUCCCGAUCUCUCCCAAGAAAAGAUAAACUACACCUGGACUCUUGAUCUGAGCAACAACAUGAUCAAGAGCAUCACAAAAUUUCCAAAUCUCCCAAAUCUCGUGGAACUCCAUAUUCAAAAGAAUUACCCAUCAAGUAUCGAGAACGCGGCCUUCGCGAACCUGGAUAACCUGAAGACUUUGAAUCUGCGGAAUAACCAACUCACGCACGAUGAUAUAAGGGAAGGCGUUUUUGAAGGUAAAUACAGCCAAAACGCAUCCUUCCCUCUUGCCAUCGAAGUGCUUGAUCUGAGUUACAACAACUUCAGUCUCCUUCCGAGGAACUGCUUCAGACACUUGCCUGUUCUCAAGAAGCUGAUCCUGGCCCACAACCCGCUCGGUGACAUCUCCCACGCAACCAGCAUGGCCAUCAACGAACUCCACAGCCUCAACGAACUCGACCUCUCGCAGACCGGCAUCGACCGCCUCCCGCACGGCUUCCUCACUGACCUCCUUAACCUUCAGGUGCUGAUCCUGGCGGGGAACCACAUCAAGACAGUACCUGAAGAGAUCAACUACGGCCGCUCGUUGACUCACCUCAACCUCAACGCUAACCCCAUUGAGAUCAUACAAGAAGGUGACUUCACGAACAAGAGUGCCGGUCUGCGGAGACUCGACAUGUCCGCGAUGCCCAAGCUGAAGACGAUAGGUCGCCACGCCUUCUCUAACCUCAAUAGCCUCGAGGUUUUGCACCUCUCCAACUGCCCGAACCUCUUCGUGAUCGACAACGAGGCUUUCUAUCAGCUGGACCCCAAGGAGACGCUGAAGGAGGUCCACCUCCAGGCCAACCAACUCUCAUCGCUGAACGAGAACAUGCUUCCUUGGAUGAACAUCAAGUACGUGGACAUCCAAGACAACCCGUGGAACUGCGACUGCAACUUGAAGUGGGUGGCCGAGAAGCUCCUCCCCCACCUCGAGGAGAACCCGGGCACCACACUGUCCCUUCUGUGCACAGACCCCAUAGAGCACCGAGGAGAGACACUGUCUAAGGUCUUGGAAGAUGAAAACGGCUUCCAGUGUCCAUACGCCCACUCCUUCACCAAGCGGGGCAUGUACGGCCCUCUCGUACUGAGUACUAUCGUUGUGGGCAUCAUCGUGCUCGUUAUGGGAUCUGUGCUCUUCGCCUAUGCUCUAUAUAGACGGACUCGGACUGGCGCGAGAUUCGGAGAGUCAGUCAAAUACCGGCGAGCGCACGAUGAGGACGACGAAUCUUUCCCCAGCACCAUCCGUAGCUAGACACCCUUGCUGUACAGAGUAGAGUUGGCUACACAACCAAGCAUCACGUGUCACCUCUUGC